CAUGCGCACGGCGGCUGUGCCCUUGUGUAGCAGCGCGGUGGUGUGAGGGGGAGGUGUAGAGAACGAGCUCGGCAACGCGGCCACAUGUCGUUCAACAGAUAACUUCGAAAGCGGAAAGAAAUCGGUCAGCGAACACAAUUUAAUGGAACAAUCUGAUCUGCCAUUUUCGGACGAGGCCAUGACCGCUAUGGUUGGCACAAGUGCCUCUGACAAUGGGGGUGCUACUGCUAUGGAAGGUGCAGAAGAUGGCUUUGUCCCUGACCUUUCUAACUUGGCUCCUGAAGCUCAGUGGACAAUGGACCAAGUGCCUGACUCUUUUGCUGCUCUUGCAAAUCAACAGGACCCAGAACAGGGCCACCCAGAGCAGUACCAGCAGUACUCGGUAGAUGGGCAUUCAAAUUCUGCACCGGAGCAAAAAUCUGCCCUAUCUGAACAGCAGGACAAUUCGUCAUAUGUUGAUGAUGGAAAUCAGCCAGGAACAAAUGGACAGACUGCAGAGGUGGACCUUAAAGAUUCAGAGCUGAGCUCAGAAAAACAAGCUGAAACAGGCAGUUCGGAUAGCCCUGCAAAUAUGGAGCUUGAGGAUGGGUCCAAAGAAGAAAGUGAGGGAGGAGAUGCCUCGGUGUCAAAAUCUUUACUCCCCACUGACUUUGAGAGGCUCUAUAAGGUAGUGGAGGAUGAUCCUGAGGACUUUAAUGGAUGGGUUUACCUUCUGCAAUAUGUUGAACAAGAGAAUCACCUGCUGGCCUCAAGAAAGGCGUUUGAUGCCUUCUUUCUACACUAUCCCUAUUGUUAUGGCUACUGGAAGAAAUAUGCAGACAUAGAAAAGAAGCAUGGUUGCAUACAGGAGGCUGAUGAGGUGUAUCGCAGAGGUCUGCAGGCCAUCCCCCUCAGCGUUGACCUUUGGAUUCAUUAUAUAACUUUCUUAAAAGAGAACCAAGACACGAGUGAUGGAGAGGCUGAGAAUCGCAUACGAGCUGCCUACGAGCAUGCAGUUCUUGCUGCAGGUACAGACUUCAGGUCAGAUCGUCUGUGGGAAGCUUAUAUCAGCUGGGAGACUGAGCAGGGGAAGUUGGCCAAUGUUACAGCAAUUUAUGACCGUGUCCUGGGUAUUCCAACUCAGCUGUACUCCCAACACUUCCAGAGGUUUAAGGAUCAUGUGCAAAACAAUAAUCCCAAGCACUUCCUGUCUGAAGAGGAAUUUGUUCAGCUGAGGUUGGAACUUGCAGCUGCCAAUAAGCCCAGUGGAGAGGGAGAGGAGGAAGUCCCCAGUGAGGAGUUACCACCAGGCACAGAGGACCUUCCAGACCCAGCAAAGAGAGUCACAGAGAUCGAGAACAUGAGGCAUAAGGUGAUCGAGACGCGUCAAGAGAUUUUUAACCACAAUGAACACGAGGUCAGCAAGCGAUGGGCCUUUGAAGAAGGGAUCAAGCGUCCAUAUUUCCAUGUGAAAGCUUUGGAGAAGACUCAGCUUACCAACUGGAGGGAGUACCUGGACUUUGAGCUGGAGAAUGGGACACCGGAACGUGUAGUGGUUCUGUUUGAGCGCUGCCUGAUCGCCUGUGCCCUGUACGAGGAGUUUUGGAUAAAGUAUGCCAAGUACCUGGAGAGCUACAGCACAGAGGGAGUGAGGCACAUCUUCAAAAAAGCAUGUACUGUCCAUCUACCAAAGAAGCCUACCAUCCAUGUUCUCUGGGCAGCGUUUGAGGAACAACAAGGGAACAUUGAUGAGGCUCGAGGGAUCCUGAAAAGUCUAGAGGAGGCGGUUCCGGGAUUGGCCAUGGUGAGACUACGUCGUGUUAGCCUCGAACGCCGUCAUGGGAACUUGGAUGAGGCAGAAGCGCUUCUGGAGGACGCCAUCAAGAACGCAAAAAAUGGAAGCGAAUCGACCUUCUUCUCUGUGAAGCUGGCUCGGCAAUUCCUCAAAGUACAGAGGAAUGUUGGAAAGGCUAAAAAAGUAUUGCUAGAGGCCAUCGAAAAGGAUGAGACCAGUCCCAAGCUCUAUCUGAACCUGCUGGAGCUGGAGUACAGUGGAGACGUGCAGCAGAAUGAGGCAGAGAUCUUGGCAUGCUUUGACCGGGCCCUUGCCAGCACUAUGCCGUUAGAGUCACGUGUAACUUUCUCACAGCGAAAAGUCGAGUUUCUUGAGGACUUUGGAAGCAAUAUAAAUGUGCUUGUAGCCACUUAUGAACAGCAUCAGAAACUUGUAAAAGAGCAGGAGUCUCUGAAGAGGAAAGCAGAAAAUGGGUCACAAGAGCCGGAUUCAAAGAGGCAGCGCAUUGAUGAUGGCUCUGCAGCAUCUGGUCAGAUGAUGCCAGACAUGCAAGCUAAUCAUGGAGGAUACAACUAUAAUAACUGGUAUCAGCAAUACAACUCUUGGGGAAGUCCGAACACUUGGGGCCAGUACAGCCAGUAUGGCCAGUACUAUCCACCACCCCCAACAUGAAUGGAACCCAGAAAUGGAUUGAUGUUGAAGUCCCUUUUACCUGUUCUUAUUGCUACUUUCAACAUUCUCAGUCUUUUGACAUGUUUUCGUGUUCUGAGCAUGUGUUUUGGAAUUGAGUUUUUUUUCUCCUUCCUUUUCUGUAAAGAAGUGCGACUGUUUAAUUUUAGUGUGAUUUAGUGUGUUCUUAGUUGUUUCAGAUGAAAAUAUUUGUUAAGAAGGAAAUAUUCUGAAAUCUUUUUUCUUCUCCCACAAAUGUCAUCACUGAUUUCAGAGCCAAAUGUGAAAUGAAGGCUUUUUAUUUUGAAUUAAUUUCAUAAUAAAGAGGUUGCUGAGA